UACUACAUACUCUACACUCGACAAUCUGGAUUAUGAAUUUGCAAUAACUAAUGAUUAUUACUAACGUACGAAUACUUUUGAGAAGAUGCAAUGCCUUCAAGAAAAAAGAGAUAUAAGGACGCUCGUCCGCAUCUCUGUAUUCUCAUCUCAUCAUCAUCAUCAUCAUCACAUCUCAUCUUCUUCCAAAACAAUCACUUCACAACAACAACAACAAACAUAACCCGUUCUCAAGAACAAUCUCCAUUCACAUUCUAUGAAAAACAUCGUUGCUCCUCUGCGACGCCUCAACUCCAAACUCAACUCCAAAUUCUCCCGUCUUUCGUCCCCGAAAGACUCUGAAAAACCAGCCCAACCUCAAACCACCACCACCACCACCACCAACAACAACAACAACAACAUGUCUAUCCAGACCGAACUCAACGCCGUCAGCGAGCAAUUCUCCCAGGCCCCGGCCGAGAUCCGCGACCCCAUUGGCGCCGCCGCGGGCGACUUCGCCGCCUCCUUCAACCGCGGCUCUGCCGUCCAGCCAGGCCAGAAGCUGCCCGCUUUCACCCUGCCCAAUGCUCUGGGCAAGGACGUCUCCAGCACCGAGCUGCUCUCCAAGGGCCCCAUCCUGAUCACCUUCUACCGUGGCGGCUGGUGCCCGUACUGCAACGUGGUGCUGCACCACCUGCAGGCGAACCUCAAGGAGUUCGAGGCCAAGAACGUCACCCUGGUCGCCAUCUCCCCCGAGACCCCCGACACCUCGUUGACCACGGCCGAGAAGGCCGGCCUUGCCUUCCCCGUGCUCUCCGACAAGGGCAACAAGUUUGCGGAUCAGCUCGGCCUGGUGUUCAAGCAGCCCGAGUCGGUGCGUCCCGCCUUUGAGAAGAUGGGUCUGGACUUUGCCCAGCGCAAGGGCGAGAACACCCUCGACAUCCCCGUCCCCGCUACCCUCUUGGUGGACCAGACUGGUACCGUCCGCAACACCUUUGUCGAGCCUGACUUCACUACCAGACUCGACCCCAAGGAUGCGCUUAAGUGGGUUAAUGCGCUCUAAGCGGUUUAUGAGAGAGUGUGGAUUUUGAGCGGGAAUUGGAUCCCGCGGAUGUGGGGGAAUUGAAUACAAAUCAAUGACUUCCUCGCGAAUGAAUAGGGAGAAUAGAGUGGAAUUAUAGAGGAUAGAGGAUAGAGAAGAAUUAUAGAAUGCA